GCCAUACAGGGUUUGGCUGUGUCAGCAGCGUGAAUCUGUCAAAGUGACUUGUUAAACCUUUAGGAACCUGCUUACUGGAUACACAUCCGUUUUCCACACCUGUGAAUGUCUGGUUUUAGUUUCCUGUGCAAUAGCAAUGAAUCAUUUGCUCUCUGGCAUCUUCUUCUCAAGUGGAACUGCAUUGGGAUACUUCAUACUAAAUAUUUUAAUGAAUUUUAAAACAAAUGUAAACUUAGCCCCACUCCAAAGCCCAAUCAAAAAGACUCCUGUGAUGCAGGACAUCGACAGAAGUGUUGCGACAGAUCUGACCCAGAAAGUGAGGCUGUUAUGCUGGGUACUAACAGCACCCCAGUUCCUGGAAUCUAGAGCCAAGCAUGUCCACGCCGUCUGGGGCAAACGCUGCAACAAGGUGCUCUACAUGAGCUCUGAGGAGUCAGACUUUCCAACCGUGAAGCUCAACGUGACGGAGGGACGGAAUCAACUCUACUGGAAAACCAUCCGGGCCUUCCAGUACAUCUACGAACACCAUCUGGACGAUGCGGACUGGUUCCUCAAAGCAGACGACGACACCUUUGUUGUUCCUGAAAACCUGCGCUAUUUGCUUUCUCAACACAACACAGAGGACCCGGUCUAUUUAGGACGCAGGUUCAGGCCGUUCGUUGCUCAGGGUUACAUGAGCGGUGGAGCAGGUUACGUCCUGAGCAAAGAGGCACUUCGGAGAUUUGUGAAGGGACACGCUGAUGGAAGCUGUACACACUUCUCAGACAUCGAGGACAUGGCCCUGGGCAGGUGUAUGGAGACCAUGAAGGUUACAGCAGGGGAUACCAGAGAUAAAAGACGAAGGCAUACUUUUCAUGCUUUUCCCCCAGACAAGUACUUGCUUAAGCAACUGACUAAAUCAUUGUCCAGCCAUCUUCUAUAUGAGUACUACGAACGUGUUCAGGGGCCCGGGUGCUGCUCAGAUUUAACGAUAUCCUUUCAUUACAUACGUCCAGUGGAAAUGUACACCCUGGAGUACUUCGCCUACCAUCUCCGUCCAUAUGGAUAUAAGUACAGGUUUAAUCCAGAGGCUGCUUUACAUAAUGAAACUGUAUGAACCUGCAUGUUUUCUGCAGAGUGUUUCUUCACCAUAGACUAUAAUCUAAGUACCCUAUAGCUUUUUUUUAUGCUGUUUAUCUGUAAUAUGAUCAUUUCAGUAAUUUAUUUUAUUUACAUAACUUGAAAUGUACAUAU